AUGGAAGUGGAAAAAUUACCAUAUCCUCCAUGGAUAGAAACCCCGAAAUUUCAUCCAUUGCUUCGAGAAAUAUUUACUAAUUUUAAAGAAAUCGUUAAUUUUAGUGUGAAACCAGCAAUAGAUCCUGGUGAAAACUAUUCUACGGUGAUUCUGCGAAUAACGGUAGAAGUGGAAUUAGAGAAUGCCACCACAAAGCUGAUUUCUUUUAUCAUGAAGGUCCCUCCAGAAAAUGAAAUAUUCCACAAAGUAAUGAAAGUUUACAAUGUUUUCGAAGUAGAAACAGCUGUUUAUCAAGAUAUCGUAACUGAAUUCGAAGAAAUGUACAGAAAUACAGGACUAGAAAUAAAAUUUACAGCCAAACUAUACAAUUCAGAAGUAGAACAGCCUCAUCUCUUAUUAGAAGAUUUAAGCGUAAGAGGAUUUAAAAAUAUGCCUCGUCAUGAAGGCCUAGAUAUGGAAUACAUGAAAGCGGCACUUAAAAAAUUAGCUCAAUGGCAUGCUGCCUCAGCACAUCGUGUAGCCACCAAAGGACCUUACCCCUCUGCCAUAUGUGAAAGUUUUCUCUCCGAAUCUUUACGUGAUAUAAUGAGAAAUUUAUCUGACUCAUUUCAUAAGGAAUUUCUGGAAUGUGCCAAAUCUUAUAAAGAUGUGAAGGCAUAUUACCAUGAUUUGAAGCAGAAUGAUUACGAUGAAUUACUUCGCUCUGUUGAAGAAGAAAAAUACGAUUUUUGUGUUCUCAAUCAUGGCGAUUGUUGGUCAAAUAAUAUUAUGUUUCAACAUGAUGCCACGGGUAAUAUUAACGAAACCUAUUUAAUAGAUUUCCAAGGGCCACGAUAUGGUUCACCUGCACAAGAUCUAUACACUUUCAUAUUAUCAUCGGCAAAAUAUGAAUUGAAAUUGGAAAAAUUUGAUUAUUUUAUUAGAUACUAUCAUGAUUGUUUAGUUGAAAAUCUGAAAAUUUUGAAUUAUCCAAAGGCGACACCGACAUUGAAAGACUUACACAUCAUGUUGUGUAAAUAUGGUAUUUGGGGUUACAAGGCUGCUGUUGGUUCCAUGGCCACCGUUCUACAGGAUAGUUGCAAAGAAGCAAAUGUAGACGAAUUUAAUUUAACUGACGAUGGCGGAAAACGUUUCAAAAAUAAACUAUUUACAAAUCCCAAAUAUCUAAAACAUAUCGAAUCGUACGCCAAUGACUGUACGAUUAUAUCGUCCGGCGUUAACAUUGUCAACUUUACGUUGAACAUUUCUACAAUUCGUUUGCUGCGUAGUUCAUCACUUAAUUUCCAUCAAAUGAGUAACCAAGAUCAAAGUGAUCCGUCUCCAGUACAAGCUGGUGCACCAACACCUCCACCUCUACCAUCAUGGAUAGAACCAUCUGCAUUUGAAAGUGUAUUUCGCGAAGUUUGUCCAGAUUUAAAACAAGUCAAAGAUUUUAAGGCUAUACCUGCCUUGGGAGCUGGAGAAAAUUAUGCCACUCUAAUGUUGCGACUAACGGCUGAAGUGGAAUUGAAGG